GUUUUGAAAGUGUCGCGUAAAACGGCCUAAAAAAAACUGUCGAACUGUCAGUUAAACGUCAAGAAAUAGAAAAAGAUACGUCAGCAAUAGUUUGAAAUUAAAACAUUAUUAAACCUGUGCUAAUAGUUAAAUACUAGUUGCAGCUUCAAUUUAGGGAUUCAUGUAUCGUAUCUAAAAAGUGGGUUUAAAAAUAGAUGUAGAAACAAAAUAAGGAGUGUUCACUUGUUCAGGCGAAUAUACCAGUUUUUGUAGGAAUCCGGUAGCUGUUAAAAAAUUUACCAAAUGGGGCUCUCUAGGCAAGAAGUGAAUUUGAGAAGACUUCUGGCAAAAUGUGAGUUGAUGUGCAAAAAUAGAAAGGAAGAUGAUAAAAUUGAAAAGUAUGUUGAUACUUUGGAGGACAUGUUUCAUGAAGUUAGGAAAAUUGGAGAUUCUAGUGAAAAUGUAGCUUGUUAUUUGAGGAGAAUCAAGGCUAUUAAAGCUAGUCUAGGAAUUACAAAAGACAAAUAUCAAGAGGAAGAUGAUCCUGAGACCGUUAGGAAUAAUUUGUUAGGAGUAAGACACAGGAAUGUUACGAAAGCUGCUGGUGAUCUAGAUGAAAUCAUUAAUUACAAUGAAACAGUUCAAGCAAAGAUAACAGGUGACAUGUUGAUGUUAACCAAAACCCUGAAAGAACAGUCUGAAGCUGCCAAUAAAAUCAUAAGAAAAGAUACAGAAAUAGUUUCUAGAUCAGCACAACUCACUGAACAGAAUCUGUCUAAACUUAGUGUCGAGUCUUCCAAGUUAGCUGAACAUUCCAAAAGGGCAUGGAAGUGCUGGAUGUGGAUUUUACUAGCUAUUGUUUUUAUUGUAUUUAUUAGUAAGUGUAAUAUUUUACUGUGAUUUGCUAUAAAAUUGCUUCAACUUAUUUUUACUAAAGUCAUGUGAAUAUAAGGUCUCGAAGCUGUUUGCUGGGAUUUUGUACUACACACAUUAUGACAUGUCAGAGAUUUUGGAUGCACCUACCACAAUAUUGAUUAGGUUAUCACCACUGAAUAAUGUAUUUUACCUGAAGAUAGCCAAGCUAAUGCUAUAUCUGCAUGUCCAAGAAAUUAUUCAAGAUAAAGUGAGACACCAUAGAGUCAUCUAUGAGAAUUUAUCACAGCUCUUUCAGUAGUGACUAUAUGUACUUUGGUAAGGUUAGUGUCUCAUAAAUGUCGCUGUCUAUGGUGAGGUUCAAAUUUGGCUGACGUAAUGUGUACGAGGGAGAAGCGUGCAAUAUGUAUCUUAGAAAGAGUGUGCCGAUGGCAUCCGUGACCUCGUACUCGGGUUGCUAGGCAACACAUUACGAUAUCAGUGGCAUUUGGUUUUCACUGUAUAUCAGCAUACACAAGAGCAUCUAUGACACACUUACAUAUUCAAAGUAUUAUAUGUAUAGUAAAUAGAUGUGACGAAUUCUCAUAGAUAACGUAUCUCAUCUUAUGAGACGCGACUACAGUAUUAUACCCUAUUUCACGAGUAUCCAUCACGCUUUGACGUCUACUGAGGUGGGCAGCUGAUCAGCAAGUGAAAUUUUUUGUUAGUCUGCAACGUUGACAAUAAUGGAUCGGGUAUAAAUCUAGUAAAACGUGUUUGUGGCGUUUUGUUUUUUGUAUGCAAAUGAACUUUUCUAAAUAAAAGAGCUGUUAGCAAGUGCAAAAUGAAUCUGUAGAGUACAAAAAACCAAAACAAAAUUUUGUUCUGUCUACCUGGCGUUGACGCAUCCGUCAGAAUUAUGUGACCUGUGCCGAUAUGGGGAAUUUUGAGAUAUUACUAGACAAACAGCUGUCAUUCUACUGUAAUUGAUACUCGUAUAGGGUGUAGGUUGGUUAUCUUCUGAUAGAAUAUGUUAAUGCCAACACGCACUGGAUGUAUGCUAUAUUUUAUUGACGACCUUUUUUGUGAUAUAUCUUAUUUGAUCUUUUCUUAUUACAGAUAUGGUUCUCUUCAUGAAGGUUAUGAAAAAACGGUAUUAGUAUAGGGUUGUGAUUCAAUUAUAUGUAUUAUUUAUUUAUUAAAUAAUUGUUUGAUGUAC